AUGGACUGGCGGUCAUUGCAUGGCCUCAACGAGAAGCUCGCCAUAUCAACGUGUACGAUCCUCAACAUCUCGGUGUUGCUGCUUAUACUGACUGAGCGCAGUUCGGCGAUCAAAGCUUACCGCAAACUGAUCAUUGUGAAUGCAUUGACCGAGCUGUGUGCCACAGCCCUAAUGGCAGUGUGCCAACCGGUAGGUGCAAACCGUUCUCAGAUUUCUAUGAAACUUGGCUCAAUUUUAGAAUAUUUUUUGCUGACAGGAGAAGUACUCCAAGUGCGACGCUCAGAUUUUCUUUAAAUUUUGCACGCACGUGAGGUAUGUACUAGAUAUCAAUUCCUGAAAGUUUUAGCUCGCGCUUUGCGGGUGUCGCCGAGAUAUCGAACGAUUUUUGCCGCGAAGAGAGCACGCUAAACGUGGAGGGCGGUUAGAGAGAAAAAACGCUUUUUGGCCAUAACUUUGGCAGUUCCGUGCGGAAAAAUUUGAUUUUUUGUAGAAACAUUAUCCUUUACGGUAGAAAUAGGCAUGAAACUUUUCGUGCCAAAAUUCGACAAAAAGUCCUAAAUUUUGGUCGACUUUCGUUCUAAAAAUCUCGGUUGUUUCUGCUUGGAUUCUCGCAUAUGUCUUAUAAAAAGUUACUCGAAAUUUGUGCCAAGUUUCAUCAAAAUCUUAGCGUCGCACUUGGAGUACUUCCCCUGUAAGAUAUAUGCGAAACUCCUGGCUAGCGCUUUGAAGGUUUUUAGGCCAAAAGUUGACAAAAAUAUGACACUUUUUUGCGAGUUUUGGCAUGCCGCGCACAAUUUCUGCAAUAGAGAUUAAAGUUCCCCAGAAACACGUUUUUUCCCUAUUGUCAGAAUUUGCGUAUUCCCAUGGAAUGACCAACUAUCUAUUAAGGAAUUGAUUCUGAAGAGUUCAAUCAUUUUUGUGUAUUUUCCCGCUGGGGCGGUCGUAUUAUUGGCCUUUAUUGUAGCCUAUUAAAUCGCCGGUUUCUAUUUGUGUCCACCUACUGUUGUAUGGUGGUUUAUUAUACGUUGGCUUGGUCAUUCAUAGUUCCCCGGCAAAUCGGGAGUCUAACAUUCUGCGCUUGACUUGUCCUUUCGUCGCCCUCGGUGUUGUUUCACCUAGUGCACAUUUAUAGCGCGUUGUAUUUGGGCUUGGGAGUUUAGGCAGGACCUACAGUAACGGACCUGAUCCAGUGGCAAAAAAUUACCAUUUUGCAUCUGGGAAGCAUCAAAAAUGUGGCAAAAUGGUUCCCUCUCCAAGUAAAAAAACUUUUUUUUGAGGGGCGUGCUUUUGAAAUCGGAGUUCUUUCACUUCGAGAGGGAGGCAUUUUGCCAUACUUUUGAUACUUCUCGGAUGCAAAAUGGUACUUUUUUUGCUACUGGAUCAAGUCCCCCAACUGUACACUAGGGACCCUCAAUCCACGUGUUCCAACACAGCUUGCCACAGUAGAAACCGGAAAAGAUACGGCGAAAAAAUCGUCAGCGCCAAGCUCGAAAAAAGUGGUUGCGUAGAUCACCAUGAACAUCCACAUUUCCAGGUUUUCCAAUUCCUCAACGGCUACUUCAUUGUCAUCUCGAAUGGACCAUUUCGAACGCUGCCGCACGACCUCCACUACAUUCUAAUCGCUUCAUGGGCGCUUGGAACUGGGAUCAGUUUCAUUACAGUCCCGCUGGACUUCGUCUACCGGUUCUAUGUGGUUUGCAAAGAGGUCAAAGUGAAGACUUCGCAAAUCGCCUUCUGGGUGCUAGUUGCUUACAUUUUGGCGGUGUGGGACGCGUAUUGGAUGGCCAGCAGUUUUAUUACAGUAAGCCAAAUCGAGCUGCAGGACAAGCUGUUGAACGAGGCCAUGUGGACGGAGAACGGAACGAAAGUUACUUUCAUUGCCUCGUCAAUUGUAAGGUCAUAAAAUUAGUAAAAGAAAAUGAGUUUAGGAGAAUACCGCCUACAAGGUGUUCACCAUCUCCGGCGGAUGUGUUAUUUGCUCAGAAUACACUAUUAUCAUGAUCCUCAGCCGGAAAAUCAUCAGCAAGUUGAAAGAGCAACGGCACUUGAUGUCGGCCAAAACGCUGGAGAUGCAGCGAGGAAUGAACCAAAUGCUGUAUGCGCAGGUAAUUUCGGGGUAUUAUAAAUCAAAUUUUUGGGGUGUAUAUAGGAACCAAGGACAGCAGUUUUAGUCCUAAUUAUCAAAAUUCUAAAGACAACAAUAGAAAACAUUACAGUGUUUUAGAGAACGGAAUAUUUCUCUGUUCUUGUUUAGUUGCAAAUGCCUGAGAUUGCAUGACAAUAGCACCUGAAUGUAUGCACUGUCGAGUACGUAAAUGGUGGGCAAAGUUCAACAGAAUCUUGAGACACAUUGCACUCUUACACUUACAGUCGUUAGGAGCUUGCACAACAAGAAACCUUAAGCGACAAUUAACGAAUGAGAGCUCAGAAUGGAGACCACUCUUUUCGUAGAUUGACAAAUACCGGUGACGGAUGUUUAAAGCCUCAGGCAGUGUAAAAAGCAUAGGGUUUCCAAAGGCGUUUAGAUAUUAAAGAAUGUUGGCGCUAAGCCCCAAAUUUGCAUAAGUUCGCCAAUCCACUAUAAAAGACACAGAUCUCAUCAUUUUAUAUAAUCACUUUUCUCUCUGUCGUGUCCAAUAAAUACUCCAUUUCUUGGUCUUCUCGUCUUCCUCAACCGGUCGAUCCUCAACUCCAAUUCUUCUCCUGGCCUGCCAGUUUUAAUAAUGACCACCCUGUCGCAUGCAAAAUCUUGUCGCCGUCGAGAAAAGACAGAUCCCCACAGACUGGUAAUUAAAGUGCCGCAGUAUUUCCUUCUAAAAACGCCAUAAAAAUGUGAACCCCGUCGCCUUCGUACCGUCUAUUUGAUUACUUUACUUGUUGCCAAUUUUAUCUUGCAACAAAGGACAGCAAAAGAUCUGUGAUAUUUCGUCUUCCAGACCGUAAAAACGAGAUUCCAAAUUAGUUGUUUUGAAUGAUUGGUGCUUAAUUUUUCAGGCAAUUCUUCCAAUGUUCACUGGAUUCGUGCCGUUGUCAUUAA